CACCAAAAAACAAUUACUAGUACUAGUACAAGCAAAGCAAGCAAAUAGAGCUUUUGAAGAAAUCAAAGCUCUUGCUUGGUGUUUUUUUUUUUGUUAAUUUGAGGAAAAAAUUUUCAACAUAAUUUCAUUAUGGAGACAAGUAUCACUUGCUACACUCGUGGAGCUUUCCUUCCUAAUAUCUCAUCUUCGCAUUCCAUGUCUUUUGUGUCUCCCUCAUCCAUCUCUCCAUCUUUCAACUCCAAGAUUCUGAAAUCGAGCUCGCUGUUCGGGGAAUCAUUACGCACGGUGCCAAGAUCUUCUCUAAAGGUUUCAAAAUCGAAGAACGCUUCUUUGCCAGUGACGAAAUGCGAGAUAGGCGAAAGCUUGGAGGAAUUCCUGAUAAAGGCGACGCCUGAUAAGGGACUGAGGGCAUUGCUGAACUCGAUGGGAGAAGCAUUGAGGACCAUUGCCUUUAAAGUGAGAACAGCUUCUUGUGGUGGAACAGCUUGUGUCAAUUCCUUUGGAGAUGAGCAGCUUGCAGUUGAUAUGCUUGCAAACAACCUUCUUUUUGAGGCCCUAAGGUACUCCCACUUCUGCAAGUAUGCUUGUUCCGAGGAAGUUCCUGAGCUCCAAGACAUGGGAGGCCCAGUUGAAGGUGGAUUCAGUGUGGCUUUCGAUCCCCUCGACGGUUCUAGCAUCGUCGACACAAAUUUCACGGUGGGGACAAUUUUUGGAGUGUGGCCAGGAGAUAAGUUGACUGGAGUAACAGGAAGAGACCAAGUUGCUGCUGCCAUGGGGAUUUAUGGCCCUAGAACUACAUAUGUUCUUGCUCUUAAAGACGUUCCCGGGACACACGAAUUCCUUCUUUUGGAUGAAGGAAAAUGGCAGCACGUCAAGGAGACAACAGAAAUUGGUGAGGGAAAGCUUUUCUCUCCUGGAAACUUGAGAGCCACUUUUGAUAAUCCGGAAUACAACAAGCUAAUUGAUUACUAUGUGAAAGAGAAGUACACUUUGAGAUACACCGGAGGAAUGGUUCCAGAUGUCAACCAGAUUAUUGUGAAAGAGAAGGGUAUUUUCACCAAUGUCUUAUCCCCAUCUGCAAAGGCCAAGCUAAGACUGUUGUUUGAGGUGGCCCCACUUGGUUUCUUGAUUGAGAAGGCAGGAGGGUUCAGUAGUGAUGGCCAUCAGUCUGUGCUAGAAAAGGUGAUUGAGAACCUUGAUGAUAGAACUCAGGUUGCGUACGGAUCAAAAAACGAGAUUAUCCGAUUCGAAGAAACUCUAUACGGAUCUUCCAGGCUCAAGGGAGCAGUGCCUGUUGGAGCUGCUGCAUAAAUAUUACAGAACUACAUGUGAUUCUUACUUAUGUUUGUAGCUCCUUUCUUUUGUUUUUGUUUUCACUUGGUUUUCUCCUCGAGUAAAAAUUUAAAAAAUGCUUGAUAUUCAAAGUCUAGCGAGCUGUGUAUCAUAGUGCAUAAUGGGAAGCUUGAAAUUAAGACUUUUGAAUCA